CAAAACUUCCGUAUUGAGAAGUUGCCGCAAAUCACUCGACUGCAUGUCGAUCGAGCGAUCAACAUGUUUAUCAAAAUGUGGACUUUUCGCAUUAUUGUGACUGUCUGUGUAUUUUAUAAAGCCGAUGUUUCGGAUGCCUUGUCAGCGGGGUAUCUGGUUCUUGGAUCAAUUACGGGUGGUCCUCCUAGCACACAUAUUCAAGCACAACCGAUUGAGACGAAGGCUGGCAACACAUUUUUAGACCCAGCACGUAAACGGGGUAUAACGUUCAAAACCUACUCGAAACAACCAAUGUCCAUUGAUGUCGACUACGCUCGAAAACAGAUCUACAUUUAUAACCGCUACACAGCGAAUCUUGAAAGGCUUAAUUUUUAUCCCGAAAACGGUUUCCAAAAAGACAUCGCCAUUGAUUUGCAUUCGGGGCUUUCUAGGAGUAAUUUAAAGAUAGCUUUAGAUUGGAUUUCAAACAAUAUUUACUGGACCGAUCCUACGUUUAAAUGGAUCGCAUUACAGUCUUUGCGCACUAAUGGAACUGAUGGACCUUACCGAAUCCUGGUUUAUGAUAACGUCGAGAAGCCUACUGGAAUUGCUGUUGAUCCCAUUCACAAAUAUUUGUUUUGGAGCGACGUUGGAUCAUUGCCGAAGAUUGAGCGUUCCUCCCUAUCCGGAACCGCCCGUAUAACUAUAUUGUAUCAGGGCAUAGCCUAUCCCACAGCCCUUGAUGUCGACAUUGCAUCAUCAAAGCUGUACUGGGUUGACUCUAUUCGCGACUCGGUGGAGCGAUCAAAUUUAGAUGGAACCGGACGCUCGAUUGUCAAAAGAAUAUCGCACACUUCCAUUUCCGAUAUACAAGUGUUUUUCGACGUUGUGUUUGCAACAGAUUUUGAUCCAAACUUAGGAGGAAAAGUGCGUCUUUUUAACAAGGAUACUGGCGUAGACGACAAAAGCUGGCCUCUUGUUCGAUAUAACAACUCGCAAAUAACAUGUGUGGCUUUCUAUGCACCAAAACCUACGAUAACAGAUCACUGUUCAAACAAUCCAUGUGAAAGUAUUUGUGUGAGCGAAACAACAGGACUCGUGUGUCUGUGUCGUGAAGGAUUUACGUUGAAUGCGGAUGGACGCACGUGUUCAGAGACUACAGGGUCCCUUCAUCGCGCCUUAGUCUGGGCUACACUAACCACAAUAUGUGCUGCUGAUGUAAGAGGGAUCCAUGACGAAGUGAAAUACAUAUCAAAGAACAAAACAUGUUUCCCAAAUGUUGGGACAAGCAUUAAUUGGCUUACAGUCGAUUCUCACGAUCGAGUGGUUAUAUUUGCGGACGGCAGUGACAUCUACAAAAUAAAAUUAGGUGGGGUUCCCACGAAGCAACGUAUUACAUCAGCAACAGAAAACGUGACAGGUCUAGCAGUAGACUGGGGAGACAAAAAUUUGUACUAUUGCCAAGGACAACAAUCUGGAACAGGGGAAAUAAAUAUUUUCUCUCAAACAACAACACACACACAUACGCUCAUCUCCAGCGGGUUGAACAAUCCAAAGGCACUGAUAAUUCUUCCAUUGCUAAGUAAAAUGAUAUGGAUAGAUGGGAGACCAGGAGGAUAUCAGAUCAAACGGGCCAAUUUUCAUGGAUCCGAUAUUCAGACGGUUGUAAGCUGGAUGAACUUGUACGAACCUCGAGACCUUACUGUUGAUGCAACAACCAAAAGACUUUAUUUUAUUGACGGAAACAGUUUGAAAUCAGUGCAGUUAGAUGGAACUAAACUGACAGAAGUUGGGCAAAUUGCUAACUCAAUUUUGCCUCCUCUUAAACUUCAUUUAUACAAGAAUCAACUUCUUGUGGCUGACGCAGGCAUCAACCUGGAUAUUCUGUCUCUGACAGAUUCAGGAAACACAACGUACACUGUUGUACCGCUUGUAGCAGUUACUGAUAUAAGUGUUGUUGAUAUCACCGAACAACCAGAAGAAUACGGUCCAUGCAAGGCCGAAAAUGGAGAAUGUGAGCACAUCUGUGUCCCGCUUGGUCAAAGCAGAAUAUGUCAGUGUAGCUUUGGUUUCGUUCUUGAUAACAACAUGGAAACAUGUUCAUCAGAACCAGUGACGGACAAUUUUAUGUAUCUUUCGGAUUGGACCCAUGGGGCUUAUCGCGCACAUCCCGAAAGGCUGGUACUUGACUACAGUACGGGGAACAUUUAUUACACUGCUGUAGGAUCAAGUCUGUUGCCGUCAGGUUUCACUGGAAUAGGAGUUGUGUCCCCCAAUGGUAUCCAUAGACGAUUGAUAUCGGAAGGUGUUGAACCGAGGGCGAUUGCCAUUGAUCCUGUUAUGGGAUUUCUGUUUUGGACUGACAAGGGUACAAAACCUGCAGUAUUGAAGCGCGCCCAUACAGACGGCACCAAUAUUGUAACACUGUAUACUGCAAUGGUAUUUCCGAACGGGAUCGCUAUUGACACAUCGUCGAGCGUAUUGUACGUUACCGAUGGCAAUAGAGACAUAAUCUACCGCUGUGGAUAUGAGGCAAACACGUGUGUUCAAUACUUUAGCGACAUUGGAGCUAUUCUCAUGGACAUUCAACUCCUCGGCAACUAUUUGUAUUACACUGCUUGGAAUAAAAUGUACAUAACUAAAUUGCACAAAACAAACACAAAUGACACCGUUCAGUUCGCCAACAAUGCAAAAUUCGGCAGAUUGAAUUCUAUUUCUUUGUACUCUGCGGCUUUACUUCCAUCAAAUAUCCAGUCCCGAUGCACCACUAACAAUGGAAGAGGAAACUGUAGCACGUUAUGUCACCCAACUCCGAAGGGCUUCAGCUGUGGAUGCCCUGACGGAGAGCAAAUGCUUUCGGAUGGAAAAACAUGCCCUAGUGCAACACCUUUGGACCACAAAAGCAACGAUGAGAAAACUUCCUCUACCCAAAUCGUUUACAUUGGAACCGGUGUUGGUGGAACAAUAACUAUUGUCAUUAUUGUUGUCGCCAUCAUCUUCGUAUACAGAAAAUACGGAAGGAAGACAAAAACUGUUGCAAGACACGUACACAAUCUCCCCAGUGGCCAGGCAUUAUAUGAAAAUGCUGCUGUAAUCCUACAAACUAAAGGCGACAUCUGCAAAAAACCAGUGGCGGUGGCGGAAAAUCCCGAAGGCGUAGCUCGCUUCCAUAAAAAUGAAAACAAAUACAAUGCACGGAGAAGCGAAAACCAUAUCUACGACGAGAUCGAUGACUGACCAACCACUGAUGCACCUCCCCCCACCUUCUGAUUGGCGACACAUGUAUCACAGAUGCAGUGAAAUAUCUUUUGUGCAUUGAACACAAUCGGAAUGGGUUAGCUCAGUUAUUGAUUAGUCUUACUAAUUCUUUGACAAUGUCAGAACUAGCCAGCAAAGACAAGUGUUGAAUAUACACAUGUUAGCUUCAGUUAUUGACAUUGACGCAAUAUGUAUUCAUUUGUUUGCAUAACAUAUCGUCUUACAGUCUAUGCUUUACCAUCAUACUUUUUUAAACAAUUAACGAUCAAAUAUGUUAUUAUAUGUUUGUUGAACACUUAUAUAUUUGUAUAAUUCACUCAUAUGGUU